AAAUAAGGUAAAUCAAUGAUAAAAAGCAUACCGCUAGCAAGUGAAACGCUUAAAGUGGUCAUAGUGUAAAUGAAGUAGAUUCAAUCUAAUUAUUACCAUAAUCAUCAAUAGUCUGAUUCAUACAGAUAUCAAACAUAAAAUGACUACGUCUUCUUCCACUUCAAUGACAAUGUUUUCCUUGAGUUAUUUAGGCAAUUCAAUUAUCCAGAAGUCAAAUGAUUGUGAAUUAGAAACAAUUUAUGAAUUGCUUAUUGAUUAUUAUCUGAAAUUUCUUCAACAAGUAUCUGCUUUUACAGCAUCUUCAAUAAAUAAUUCAGAAGUUGUAUCUUAUAAAACAAUACUGACAAAUAACUAUGACAAUGUGAUAUUAGCUAUUGGUAAUGGUCAUGUUCUUAUUAAAUCAUUGGAUUAUAAAGAACAUAACAAAAAAGAUGCAAGAUUGAAGAAAACUUCUGGAUCUAUGCCGAUUGAUGAAAACUUUUCUGCUUCUGAGUUGACCUAUUUCAAUUGUUAUUACUUUGAAGUUGUAACACCUGUUGGAAGUAACAGCAUGACGAAUACAAAUAAUAUGAAUAAUCAGAACAGGAAGCAUGAUAUAUGUUAUGCUUAUUUUCGUCGCAUUAUUGAUACAAGACGCUGUAUACCUGAGGAUGCGCUGAUCAGAUUAGACAGUCAAAUUACUAAUUGGUUAUUAUGCAAUCGUACAGUAACACGUCCACCAUUAAUCUACUUUAUGGUUCCACGUUUAACGUCAAAUGGUGUAAAUUGUUUAGCUUGUUAUGUGUUUCUAGCAGAAAGUGUACAAAUUGGGCUGAAAAUUUUACGUUGUUUCUCAGAAUUGCGUAAAUCCCACCUUGAAACAAAAUUCAUGCCAAGUAGACAAUGUAAAUACGAUAAGUCAAAACCUCUUCAAAAUAAAAUUAUACAUAGCAAGUCAAAAAAUGCCAGUGAUAAGUUGAAUGAAAAUCAAUUUGAAUGUCAGACAGAAAGCUUAAAUAAUAUAAAACAUCAUUGUGAAUAUCAUCAGCGUAAUUCAGGGUGUCAAGAGUCACCAUUAUUAUCACCAAGAGCUACAAAAUCGCACAUCGAUCUGUUACAUCGUUUCAACUAUCCAUCUAUAUCACAAACAUCUAUGAAUAUUAUGUGCCCACAAUGUAAUUUAAAAUGUUGUCCUAUUCAUUCUAGUCUAUGUGAACUUCAUCGAUCAAAGUUAAUUCAAAUGAAACUUGGUAAUGAGGCAAUGGAUUAUUAUUAUAACAACCAUUCAAAAUAUCAUAAUAAAUGUAUGAAACCUUUUGAUAUGCCAAGACCAAAUAUCUCGAUCAGAGAUAGUUCAGUACCAGCGAGAUUAGAGCAUAAAAUGAAUCAUUUACGCAUUGAUCCAUGUGUUAAAUUGUGUCCACUAUGUCAACAUUCAGUUAAAACUGAUUGUGAAAAAUCUGAACACUUUAGUAGAAAUCGUUAUCAAAAUAAAAUUGAUGAGCGUACAAGAUCAGGCUACAGAUAUUAUCGGUCCUGUUCACCUUCACGUUAUAUUAACACAAAGCCUAGAGAUAAAACAAACUAUUAUCAUGCACAUUUAGGUGGGUCGUUGGAACUGAUCCCUUAAGAAUAGAAACACUUUUGAACUAACACUGAAUUCUGUUCCUCUCGUCUUUGAAUUCAAAAGGAUCCAAAACGGUUGAAAUUUAUGUUUUUAUAAUAGUUUAAGAUUUCUAGACACUUUCUAUCAUAUAUUUUCAAUAUUACAAUAAACUAAGCUACAUUAUGUGUGCUCCAUUGUCUCUAAUCAACAGUACUGCUUUACAAUUUCAAAUGUGUAAGUUAAAAGCAUACAUACCUGAAGCAGGCAAACUUAUCCUACUUAGUGAUGGAAGUAUAGGCUAUGUGAUUUCCAUAAAGUGGAUGCCUUGAGUAUUCAUAUCGCUUUGAUAUGAUAGUGAGUGUUAGUGUGAUUUCCGACAUAUGCUACAUAAAAGAUACUGAUUCCACAGCAUGUCAGAUUGUUGAUAAUUUGAUACCUUAUUGUUAUAAAAUCACGUUUCAGAUUGUUUGUUCAGUUGAUAUUCAGAAUUUAGACAUAACUUCGCUUUGGUAAUCAGUUAGCAGUUCUGACCAGUGUACCAAUUUAUUCUUCAAUAAUUCUGUAUUAAAGAUGGGAGAUCUUUUUCAGGUUUUUAGUUUCUAAUGACUGCGUCACAGAAUAAACUCUCAGUGAUGGUUAACUCAUACUGAUUUGUCCUCUAUAUUUUUAUUGCAUUACUCACGUAAUCUCUUCAAAAGUUUACCACUUUUAUAUCUCAUUGGUAGCAAUUUUUCAUCAAAUGAUGACCACAUUUCAGUAAAGCCAAAUAUACUUGAAUUUUGAUGGUU